GGAGGCGGGAAGGAAGGAAGAAGGACCCCCGCGCUACCGGCGCUAAUGGCGGCCGCCGCCAACGACCGCGACGCCGCGCAGGAGAAGUUACAUCCAAGAAAUCUUAUACCAGAGCUUUGUAGACUGUUUUAUGGUUUAGGCUGGGUAACAGGAACUGGUGGAGGAAUCAGCUUGAAACAUGGGAAUGAGAUCUACAUCGCUCCAUCAGGAGUCCAAAAGGAAAGAAUACAGCCAGAAGAUAUGUUUGUUUGUGACAUGAACGAACAGGACAUCAGUGGUCCUCCACCGCAGAAGAAACUAAAGAAAAGCCAGUGUACACCUCUUUUUAUGAAUGCCUACACUAUGAGAGGGGCAGGCGCAGUGAUCCAUACUCAUUCCAAGGCUGCUGUUAUGGCUACCCUUCUUUACCCAGGGAGUGAGUUCAGCAUUACCCAUCAGGAGAUGAUAAAAGGAAUCCAGAAGUGUACUUCAGGAGGCUCUUACCGAUAUGAUGAUACACUAGUGGUUCCCAUUAUUGAGAAUACACCAGAAGAGAAGGAUCUCAAGGAAAGAAUGGCACGUGCAGUGGAAAAAUACCCAGACACUUGUGCCGUAUUGGUCAGACGUCACGGAGUUUAUGUAUGGGGAGAAACAUGGGAAAAAGCCAAAACGAUGUGUGAGUGUUACGAUUACUUGUUUGAUAUCGCAGUGCAGAUGAAGCAGCAUGGGCUAGAUCCUUCAAAACAUCCAGCAGGAGAAAACGGGAUCUUGUAAAUGACAACAUUCAUAUUCAGGUUUUUACAUGAUAAUGGGAAUUCCAGGUUCCACCUUAAACUGCUAAAACCAGAAGGGGGUGCUGUUAUACUCAGCUGAUUGAAAGAUGUUAGCAAGUCAGUUUUAAGUGUUAAACACAUCUAAGAAGAAAAGGAGAGUUAAAACAAACAAACAAAACGCUGAACAGUCAUUGCUACUUAUGAAUCCUGUCAAAAGCUACAGUAGGAGGAAUGAAAAUUCAGUGCAAAAAAAAAGAUUUUGAGAAAAGCUAUGGAGAACUAAUGUGACAUUUUGUUUGUAUGCUUUAAAAAUUCAUAUUUCAACAACCUGCAUUUGUUGAUCCUGCUCUACUGCUACAUCAUUUAACUUGUUCUAGAUCUCCAUUUCCAAAAGUUACAGUAGCCUUUAUUCUUGGGGAAAAAAAGUGAGGACGACCCCUUAACUAGAAGUUAGGUAUAAAGUUUAAAGCAUUGUUUGAACUGUUGAUUCUUUCAUGCUGUGUUAAUAGGGUUUUUUUUUAAAUUAAGCCUGUAGCCUGUGUAUUUUUAAAUUUUCCUAAUUGUCAGUAUAAUGAGUAGGAAACUCAUCAUUUUAUAGCGUGCAAUUGGAAGUUGUUACUGAGACACUGCUCUGGGUCUUGUCUGUUUCAUACCUCUUUAAAUUCAUUCACUUUCAAUAAGAUUUUGUUUAUUACAACUUUAAAACAGCUUUUUAUGACCUAUGAUUAGCCAGCGUAAGGUAGAGUUAAUCAAACUGCUCAUUAAAAUAUAGUCUCACAUA